AUGUCGGAACCGUUGUUAGAGAUCAAGGCCACUGGCGCCGACCGAUGCCACAUUACUCCUCAUUUACUUCCUUGUCGCGUCCACCACGAUGGCAGCAUCGAGCCUCUGCAGUCCUUCUGGGCCCCUAAGACGAGCGACGAUGGCAAACAUACUGCAUACUUUCGUGGGCGAAAAUUGGAAGGCCAAGCGGUGAAAGUGCCCCCGGGCUAUCGUGGUGUCGUUGUCGAGAAGAAAGGAUUGGACGACAAACAACACUCCAACUCACACCCGGACGAACCUGAGAUUAUAGAUGUGGACAAGGAUGACGAGCCUCAAAUUGGGACCAUUGCAGAGAAAGCAGACUUCGACGAGCUGAUCAUCUGGAGGCAAGAAGGGGCAGCCGACGAUAGCGGCGACCACUACGCGCGAGGCAUGGAAGAGUGGCUGACGCUUGCGAGCCAGAUUACUGGAACUGAGCCACGAUCACCGUAUGGUGCGCUUCAUCUAGGCGAGGUUCGUAACACUACCUUCACCGGGAGGGAUGGUCCAAAGGCUUCAAGUGCGUCAAACAACCUGCCAGUCGAGGAUUUGCUCCACGCCGCCAUCGAAGAACGGGAUUCGAGAGCAAGUCUCGACUUGAACAUAUCAAAAGACCCCGGGAAUGUCCAAUACCCAGACGGUACAACGUUGCCUGACCAGGGCUCAUUUCCCGGUUGA